AAAUAAAGCACGUGCCAAAAUGCGGGAAAAUGGAAAAUGUUUCGGUAAAAUUUUUAGAUUUUUUGCUUCGUUUUAACAAGUAAAUCCUCGUAUAUUUGUCGAAUGUAGCACUCUAGUUUUAAGUAUUUUGUGGCAGACGCUACGAUGGAAGUAAAUGACGAAGUUUUUGAUGAAAUACAAGACAAAGUUCUGUUCAGAGAGAAGCAGAUUUCGACCUUGCUAAAUUUGUUCAACAGACGAAACUCUUGUUCUUGUGGGAGUAUAUUUGUAUAUGGGCACACAGCGACAGGAAAGAAUUAUGUACUUGAAACUAUAUUUGAAAAACUUCAGGUAUUAGCUUGUUGGGGUUUAAUUUGUUUUUGUUGUUUAUAAUGUAAUACCCUCCCCCCCCCCGCCCCCGUGAUAAGGUAUGCAUUUAGCAGUCAUGGCAGCCCAAGAUCAUUCAGCAGGGGGGGAGGCUGGAAUGGCUGAUUUCUAGAGGCUGUUUUUGAUACAAUGCUCUUUCAAUGGACAAAAUAAUGUAUAAAAUUCACACGCCGGGCUGGCCCGUUUAGCGAGACAGCCCGGUAAGCAAGAUCUGACAUUGUGUAGUUAUUUUUAUAGUAAAAAUUACCGUGUGUUUAUAUGUACAAGCGGGCUGGCCCGGUUGCCGGGAUCUCGCUUGAAAGAGGCGAAAUCUUGCUUGCCAAGAUGAAAAUUUUCCUUAUAAACGCACAGAAAUGGGCUAGCCCGGUUGCCUGGAUGAAAGUUCAAAGAUAUCGCCACAAGCUAUUUUUAACUUACUGUCAACAUAGCAAAAUAGUCCAGGCAAGCGGGGUGAAACUUUCUCAUAUAAACACAGGAGAAAUUCAUCCCAAUUACCGGGCUGCCUUGCUAAGAGGGCCAGCCCGGCUUCCAUAUAAACAGCCCCUUACAAGAUGCUGUAUUCAUUAUUAAACUUAUUUUUAGUUGCCAAGUAUCUUUGUAAACUGUGUCGAGUGUUUCAAUGCAAGGUUGAUGUAUGAACACAUAUUGAACCAACUUCAAAUUCUUCAACCUGACUGUGAAGAAGACAAAGAAUUUGUACGGUGUGACAACAUGAACGAUUUCAUUAGAAUGAUGAAAAAAUGCUUAACGAUUGAAAAUUUUAGCGAAGAAACUUUAUUCAUUGUCGUUGACAAAUGCGAGCGACUUCGAGACAUGGAAGUCAAUUUAUUGCCAACAUUCCUGAGGCUUAACGAGUUAACCGGCUGCAAUAUUUGUGUCGUGUUUAUUAGCGAGAUAAUUUUUGAGAAGUUUAGACAAGGGUCAGGCGUUCGAGAGCCUUUUCAGAUGCAGUUCCCAGAUUAUUCGAAAUCAGAACUGUUGGAGAUCAUGUGUUUGGAUGCGCCAGCCGAACAUCCGCAGGCAUUUUACCAUGGUUACUGUCAACUGCUGCUGAGCGUGUUUUAUAACGUGUGUCGAGAUCUGAAGGAAUUGAGCUAUUUGGUAAGAGAAUGUUUUUAAAAUGCGACUAACCCCAGAUAUAAAUUUUGGUAUGUGUAAUAUUUGGGUCAUUCUGAGAAGAAAUGCGAGGUAUCUUUAUAGUAAAAAACCUCAUCUUGAUUAACUUUUUCACUGCCAGAUAUGAUGUCAUUAGGUGAAUUUUUGGUACAAAAAAACAAACUAAUUUGCAAUUCACCUACUGUAAUGACAUCAUAUCCGGAAACUUUGAAGUGAAAAAGUUGAUCAAGAUGUGAUUUUUUAUUAUAAAGAUAUAUUACAUUUCUUCUUCGAAUGACCUAAAUAUUACACAUACCAAAAAUCAUAUUUGUGGUUAGUCUCACUUUAAAAUUCCUUAGCCUUAGGACUGCUUUAUGUCCUGUCUAUAUGAGUCUGGCUUGCCAGAAUACCCACCAAGUCUGGUUGGCCAGGAAACUUGCCUAAUUGAGAUCCGCAUACAAGGGCAGCGCUAGGCCUCUUUGGCCGGACAUUGUAUUUUCCAUUUUCUUUUGGGUUAACAUACUGUUGUUCGUGUAGUAGAUAUAUACUCAGUUUUAGAUGCAUUGCAGUGCGGACAACAUUGUGCUAAUUUUUAAAAAAAUAUGAAAAAUUUACUUUGUCCGUUGUCUGAGAAAAAUCGAUAAAUUUCCGACCAAUAUUUGGUUUGACCAGGCAUUUGUCCUUCCAAGUAAAAUAAUUAUUUGCAGUCCUAUAUACAAUAUAUUCUAAUUCUACAGGCAAGGUUAAAUUUCCCAAAGUAUUGUGAACCGAUUACUAAUGGAGAAGCUGAUUAUUCUAAUGUCAAGAAAUUAUGGAGGAAUAUUGAACCACAUCUGAGGAAAGCGAUGAGUACAGUUUUCUUACAUGAAGUAUCGAGUAGUCAGUGGGAGCAAAUACAAGAGGGGACCCAUGGAAUAAAAGGUGCGGGGUGAUUAUAGACUUGUACACAGGCUCUUCAUUGCGAAGGGCCUGAAAACCUCUUUAACCCAUUGAGUGGCAGCACUUUCCCCCUGACGAGUAAAAUCGUCCAGCGUUGGACAGAUUAAAAUAAUAAAGUAGGGCUCAUCUGGGUGCAUUGGGCGUAAAAAAAAUACCUGUGGUUCCGGUUUCAUAUCGUGAAAAAAUUAGGGUCGGUAGGUCGGAAAUAAAUUUUUUUUUUGAAUAUUUUUUUCAUGGUUUUGGUGAUUUUUUGCUGGGCGAUUUGCAGUAGAGUCCCGACAUCAAUAUUAACUAGAGAUGCGCAUUUCCUAUGGAUGAAUUUAGGCAAUUUGGUUCAAUAACUAGUGUGACAACAGAUGCCAUUUUGGCACGCUGUAUGAGCAGCCCGCAACCACCUGGAGAAAAUAGGGUCGCACGGUCAAUCGCGUUGAAAAAAUAAUAGGGUCGGCAGAAAAAAUAGGGUCGGUCGAGAACCGGAACCACAGGUAUUUUUUUACGCCUUGCCACUUAGAGGGUUAAAUUUUUUAAGUAAGGGUAUUACUUUUUCCACCUUUGGGAAUAGUUAAUUCCAGGUAUGGACUAAAUUUUGAUCUGGGCAAGAAGAACAAAUCCAUCACCACAGCUAGAAAGAGUAUGUUAAAAUUAGUAAAGUUGCAAAGUUUGGUUUCGAAAUGUUGUAAAAUGCGGGAAAUAUGGCCCUACGAAAUUUGCAAAAUUUGAAUUAAUUUGUAUUCCGUGCGGAAAAAUGCACCACUUUCAGCCCAAAUGUGGUGCAUUUCCCCGCGCGUAAUACAAAUCAAUACAAAAUUUGCAAAUUUCACAGGGCUAUAUUUUCCGCAUCUUACAACAUUUCGCGGCGAAACUUUCCAAUUUUACUAAUUUUAACAUGCUCUUUCUAGCUGUGGUGAUGGAUUUUGUUCUUCUUGCCUAGAUCAAAAUUUAGUCUGUAUUACUAUAGCUGGAAUAAUCUAUUUCGUGAAAAACUAUAUCGAAGACGAAAGUAAACCCCAUUUGGAUCUAAAAUGCAUGAAUUUUAACAACCUGAUACUCAGGGUUUUCGCUUGGUCACUUUUUUUAAGCUUAUAGUUUAAUUGGCAUGACACAUUAGAGAUUAAUUGGUCUCUCUUUUGUUCUGCACAUCUUUAAUUCAAUCAGCUUAUAUGAAAAAGUUAAAUCUGGAUUACAUUCUCUUUUAUACACGGCCCUGUUGGCCUGUAUAUAUAUUAAAUUAUAACGUGUUUACAUUUUGCUGUAGGUCUUUCCAGCUAUUCAACUGUGGAGCUGCCGUUUUAUUCAAAAUAUCUGCUACUUGCCGCCUACCUAGCGUCACACAAUCCUGCUAAAACUGACAGGCAGUUCUUCUGCAAAACGACAGCAAAGAAAAUGACAAAGCGGGCAAAAGUUGCUGCGAAAUUUGGUGUUAAAACAAGCAGUCAGAUGAAAGGUAAUGCGAUGGUUUUAUGACAAGUUGUAAAUAAGUUGUCGUGGUUUGUGUCUGAAGUGACAGUCUGAACUACCUGGAAAAGAUAUCACAAACGUGGUUGGUCCAAUGUAGGUAGUAUUCUUCAAUAAUCUGUCGUGGUUUGUUUCUGGACUACCUGAAAAAGAUAUCUCAAACGUGAAACGUGGUGGUCCAGUGUAGGUAGUAUUCUACAAUAAGCUGUCGUGGUUUGUGUCUGAACUACCUGAAAAAGAUAUCUCAAACGUGGUGGUCCAGUGUAGGUAGUAUUCUUCAAUAAGCUUAUCGUGGUUUGUGUGUGAACUACCUGAAAAAGAUAUCUAAAACGUGGCGGUCCAGUGUAGGUAGUAUUCAAUCCAACACAAUCAUUCUAUCCACAUGCAUAUUCCAAAACAACAACCAAUUGAACUAUUUUCCUACUUUCAGGGCCACAUCAGUUCGUCCUGGAUCGAUUAAUGGCAAUAUUCUACAGUAUUGUCGACGAGAAAGUACCAGCAUCGGCAGUUAUAUUGACUCAACUAUCCUCCCUCGUCACGUUGCGUUUCUUGUCCCAAGUUUCGGCAAACGACCAAUUAGACUCGCCCAAAUACAAAUGCCUUGUAUCUUUGGAUUUGAUCAAAGCGAUUGCUAGGCAGCUUGAAUUUGACUUAGGACAGUACCUGUAUGAUUUCAUAAAUCAGUAAAUAGCUUUGUAUUUUGGCGAAUUUGAAUUACAUUUGGGAAAGCGUGACAUAUAGAAGAGCAAAACACGAAAGCGAGUUUCUGUUUUUGAAUUCAUUCGUGAAAUUGGGAUUUGGGCAAAUGGAAUUGGGAUUUUUGGAAUGGAAAUUGGCAAAUCGGUGAGUUGAGUGACCGGAUUUCACUAGACAAAAAAUUAAGAGACUUGGACAUUUCCUAGAAUCGUUAGCCUGCUAAUCCCUCGGGGGUGAGGCAACACUUUCCUUGCGAUAGUAAGUUCUAGUUUUAUCCUUUUCUGCAGACAAUUUUUGCGAGAAAUAUGACGUGUAAACUUACUCCAAAUAUUAACGUAAAUUGUGAACAAUUGAAAGCAAG